AUGGCUCUUAAUAAGAUUUUCCGUGCUGUUAUUAUGGGACCUCCGGGCUCGGGGAAAGGAACAGUGUCUGCGCGCAUAACCGAAAGUUUUGGACUGAAGCACAUUUCUAGUGGGGACAUUUUGAGAGCCAACAUCAACGCGAAAACCGAACUCGGCCUGUUGAUGAAGUCCUGUAUCGAUCAAGGUCAGCUGGUACCUGAUGACGUCAUGUCUCGUCUCAUCCUGAGUGACCUGAGAGCACUGGACCAGAGCAGCUGGCUGCUCGAUGGUUUCCCUCGUACAGUAUCCCAGGCAGAGACUCUGGACAGCGCCUACACUGUGGAUACAGUCAUCAACCUCAAUGUACCUUUCCAGACCAUCAAACAGAGGCUGACCUCACGCUGGACUCACUUUCCCAGCGGCAGAGUCUACAACAUUGAUUUCAACCCACCUAAAGUUCCUGGUUUGGAUGAUGUGACAGGGGAGCCUCUGGUCCAGAGGGACGAUGACACACCAGAGACGGUCACACGGAGACUGAAGGCAUACGAAACCCAGACAGAGCCUGUUUUAGAGUACUACAGGAGUAAAGGUGUGCUACAGACCUUCUCUGGGACAGAAACCAACAAGAUUUGGCCGCACGUUGAGGCUUUCCUCCACAGAAAACUCCCCUCCGUCAACCAGACAGUUGCAUAGAAAGCCUCAACAGAAAGGCACAAGAAGGUUUCAAGUUUACCAGCACAAACAACUUUGUACAUAUUGUCAAAUCAGGUGCCACUUAGAGGACAGCCAUCUGUGUAAUAAUAUAUUCUGGAUGUUCAAAAUGAGGAACAAGCUCAUAGUUUAUGUCAAGAAGCAAUAGUAAGAUACAGAUUUUGUUGGGGAAAACUCCACUUUUGAAAUACUUAUUGCACUACUGUUCUGCUUCCACAAUGUUGCUGCAAUUAGUUUGGGAAACUCUCAGCAUGUGAGUGUAAAAUUUAAAAAGAUUGUCUCUUCAUUCCAUAAUGUGCCUUUUAUAAAGCCAGGAGGUGUCACUGAAUCUAAUAUCAAGGUCUUUAAUAGUAGAAUAUAAAUGAUAGGAAUAGUUGGCAUGCCCUUUUGGUGAAAUCAACCAACUUUAGAGUUAUGUAUACAUUUUUAACUUACAGGUUUUGUAAUUGCAAUCAUGACUUGUUGUCUUAGUUGAUGGCAGCGACACUGAAAAGAAUGGACACACAUAAGAUAUCUUGAGCUAAAGAGAGAGAGACUUUCCAGCUUUUUUUUGUAAGAAAUCCUUAAAAAAAAACAACAACAUUGCAUGGGCUUCUUGCCCCAGAAUGGGACUGUUUCUUAUGCAGUGGGUAACUGCCCUAAAAGGGAAAUGUGCCAUGGUCUACAAGCUGUGCCUUUUGCUGCUUUUGAAAAUGUAACAGGUAGCUCCAUGAAUGUAGUUUGUAAAUACUUUUUAUGCAUAUGGACCACAAAGUGAAUAAUGUAUAAACUGACCAUACUUUUAAUGAAGCCAUCAAUGAGUAACAGCUUAUUUCAACCACCUCAAGUCUUAAUAGUGUUGCCUUUAAAAUACACAGUUCCCAUUUUUAACCGGGCAUUCCUUGCUGUGACCAAGUCUAUAAAUGUAUACCGAUAGCUGCCAUUUUGACUUGACAACUAAAAACCAUAUUGAUAAGUGUAUAAAUUAAAACAUUUAUAACACAUCAUCUUAUUAGAAAAUAUCAUGACAUUCAAGGUUGAUCUGCAGUUCGGUGUUUUUGCACUUUGUCUUAAGAAUGUUUCACCGUGUCAAAAGCAUUUCGAAAACUACACCAAUGCUUGCAAUGUACUGUUUCCUGAAAAUGUACCGUGUGUAUUUCUAAACACUUGAAUAUUUAAAAGCACACCUCCUCUUCAAUGACAACUUACGACUGUGUCAUGAGUAUUUAUUACGAAUCACAAUAAACUUCUGAUAGGA